AGACAACUCUAGUUCCUAAAAAAAAUCAACUUGGCCCCUCAAUAUCUCUCUCUUAGUUCAAGAAAUUAAAGUGCAACAUAAUCCCUCCAACCUAUAAAGAAAACCAACCACACCCCUUAAUCCUUCGUGGUAAAAAAAUUUCAAUUCUAGCAUUAGCUACCUUAUACUCUUCCUUCUCUUCUUCUCUCUUGUUUUCUUCCACCUCAAUCAUUAUGCAAUUAUUAUUAUAGCCUUUUUUCUCUUCUUCUAUAUAUGUCUUAGUAGGUUGAGACAUUUUGCUUCAUCCUAUAUUAUAGUCCUAUGACAUAAAUAUAUAUAUCUUAUAACAAGAGGGAAAAUUAAAAAGUGUUGCAUAUGGAUACUAGUAGUAGUAAUAGCAAUUAUUUCCUUCCAAGGUUGUUGUUUAGAGUAAUUGUAGUGGUGGGGCUUGUUUGUUUUAUUGUUUUUGGAAGCUUAUUAUUAGUUAGUGGUGAAGGAGGAACAGGACAAACAACUACUACUACACAAUGGUCAAAUGAAAGAGUACUCAAUAAGCAUGAUGAACAAAUUGUUGGUAAAGACAACCAUGAAGAAUUGGAUUUCAACUAUAUGAGUAAAAGAAGAGUUCCUAAUGGACCAGAUCCUAUUCACAACAGGAGAGCUGGAAAUUCUGGUAGACCACCUGGUCAAAGUUAGUCAA